GACCUAUAAAAGGCACCACCCAGCCCAAUGGACAGAUGCCCCAGGCUGCACAUUCUGUCAGUGCUGUUCUCGAAGAGGCCCAGACACAUGCUGAAACAUUCAAGGAAAAGAAGUCAGCCCUCGGGAACCACCAGGAGCCAGGAGCACCCCAGCCCCGAAGGGCCCCAAGUUCAGCCUGCCCCACCACCUCUGGUGCAGAGGUCCUGGGACACCAUCUGCAGCCCCGCCAUGCGCCUCAGAGUCAAGGGCACAGGCGACUGGGGCUUCCCUGCCCGGCCUGACGACUCCCUGCCGCCGCAGCAGCCGCCGCAGCCACUGCCUCAGCCACCGCCGCCGCUCCUGGACGACCCAGAGCUCCCGCUGCGGCCCCAAGACUUCAUGGAGGCCCCCCAGGACUUCGUGCCCCCUCCCCCAGCGGUCGCCAAGAGGCCUCCUAUGCCCCAACCCCACAAGAGGCACGAAGCAUCAAUGUUCAGAAGCCGCAAAUGA